AUGGCUACCAAAAAAGCACCCUCGACGACACGUACCCAAACGGACGAGCGCAGGUAUGCUGCUUUGAUUCCCAUUACCGUCCGUCCUAAUGUUUCCCUGUACCAGGCUUAUGGGUUGCUCUGUAGGAAGUUUCGCAAUCGCUUGUCCCAGAAAUCAUUCCGGGAGCGCCAACACACCUAUGUCAAGGAGCUCGAACAACACAUAAUGAACCUCUCAGCUCAAGACGGAGGCCAAUACACUCUCCUGUCCGCGGAGAACAGGCGACUGCGAUCCAAGCUGCUGGACAUCCGAAACCGCAUGACCAGCACGUCGAAUGCGCUGAAUCGUCUCGCGGCUGAAAUAGGCGAGGUCUUGGAAAUCAACAACUCUGCGUCGCCAGAAGGAACCCAAGAUGGGAUCCAAGAUCUCAGCUACAACCCAGGGCUCGUGGCCGCCGGCAGCACUGCCGUGGACGAUAUGAUUGAAUGGGCGGCUCCGAUUGUUCCCAAUGACUCUGUCGUGCCGUACGAGGAGCCAGCUAUAGAGCCGCCGCCGCCGCCACCGCCGUCGCAAGAUGUUGUCAACAACCAGUCCUUCUCAUGGGUCGGUGACUUGAGCCAGUCUCAAUCUGCGCCCAAUAAUGACGCGGCGACGCUUGUUUGUCCCCCUCUUGUUAAUCGCGACACCAACUCAUUAUCAGAACUUACACCAGAUCUCUUUAACUCUCCAUUGCCUUGGUCGACUUUGGCCGGGAAUCAACAGCAUCCCAGCUUUGCCUCCCGAUGUUCGCCGAUCAACUUCAGCCUUUCACCUAUGCUCCCCAAACUCCUGUCUGAGGGUCUUCGUCCCUCGCGUACAAACUCCCUGAAUGCCGGCCUCGCGUCUGCUAAUCUGCCGUGUGCCUCACGGUUUGCAGAGCAUAUGGAAUCAAUGGAAUGUGUCUUGCGGCAACAAUUGGACGUGAGCAAGGGAAAGGCAUUGACAUUCAGCAAGGUUUCCGAAGCUUCCAUAGCGUUCCUCUCCGUCUUCGUCAACUACCUCUGGCCCGGAACGUCGAUUAUGUGGCUCAACUCGUACCUGGCUCAGACGGCGGACCGGAUUUUGGCGUGGAGGAUGUCCCCCAACCUCGUCACCUAUAACCGACUGCUGCCCGAGUAUAUGCCCUCUGCCUACGAGAUGGAGACUCCUCACUGUGCCGUGAUCGGCUGGUUUCCCCAUGCUCCGCUGCGAGAGAAACUGAUCCGCCUUUACGACAACUCGAGGCACCUCGACCAAAUCUGGGUCGACACACUGUACCACACAGUAGUGGAGGUGCCGGACAUGUCCCAGAUCCUGUCCGACGCCGAGCCGGGCCCAGGGUUCCUGGGUGUGUGGAAGAUCUUCGACACCAUCUCGGCUGCACCGGAGCUGGUUGCACACGCCCUUGGCAUGCAGAAUUCCGGCAUGACGGAAAUGUCGCGGACACUACGAAGCAUCCUCCAAGAGAAACCCAACCCGGCCAACGUCUUCCGUCUGAGCGGGUUGGUGUCCGACGGUGACGGCUGGACACCUGUUCCGUUAGGCGCUCUCCUACAGUCACCCAAGCUGGCCCUCAAAGCUUACUAUCAUCUCAAGAUGUACGACUCGCCCUGGGCGUGGAAAUGGGACCCCGCCUUUUUUGAAAAGUAUCCGGAGCUCACGUGGGAUGGCUAUAAGGCAGUGGUGGCACGCGGCAAAAGCUACAGGCAGGAUUGCUACAUGCCUUCGCCCUGUGUCGACAACUUGACUUGUGGCGCUAUGCUUGGUGUCUACCGGCAAGUGCUGGGCACGCUACAAAGCUAG